AUGUGGAACAUAUUCUCUAACGAAGACCUUUCAUUGCGCAUCGAAAAAAGGGAAGAAGAAAGUUCAGAAAAAAAAACCACAAAAAAAAAAGGGCUCGAAACGGUGAGCAACAAGAAUGAAUUGACCAAAUCAAGAUCCCCUGGCUUUCCCAUCUCCAAUCAUGAUAGCAAAAUAGCGAACAAGGCAUAUGACAUCAAAAUAAAGGAAUUGAGAAAAAACUUCAGAAAAAAAUACAGGAUAGUGCGCACACAAUUACUGAAGAUAAUCAAAAUUGUGAAGCAGUUCCCUCAGGUGGAUGCAGAAAAGGACAAUUCUGAAAGGGACAAUUUUCAAGGAAAUAAUACUGACAAGGAAAAAGGCGUAAAGAAAAAGAAAGACGUGGAAGGGAUCACUUACAUCACCCCCCCUGAUGGUAGUGACAACGAAACUAUAAUUGUCCAAGUGGAGCUCAUCAAAAAACUAAACAAGAUAAUCGAAAAAAUUGAUGUAGAACAAUUGAAAGCAAAAAGAAGGAUAAAAGGAAAGAAAAAUAGUAGGAGCAAGAAGGAAGAAGAGGGAUUAAAAAAUAAACCACGCAAUCAAACUUUCACCUCGAAGACUUUUUCCGCAUCUGCCAAAAAUGAUUCACAUAAAUGUAAUAUAAAGAUAGUGAAAAAAUUUUCGCCCAAAUCAGCAAAAAAUUUCCAACACGUUAUUUCUAAGGAUAUCUGUGAAAAUGCGGGGGGCAUUAUUUCACUACAAAAUAAGCAAAACAGCUUGAAGAAUGAGCAUUUUCAAAAUAGCGACAUGAAGGUUUACAGUAAAAAAAACAACGAGGGGAAUGUUUAUCACGAUACGGAUGACAUUGUAGUGACUGACUUUUACAUGUAUUCUUCUACCCUGAAUGCGGGUUCGAGUAAGAAAAAAAAAAAGUCGCGAUGGCUUGGGGAUAACAUGAAUGAUGCCACCACGAAUGAUAACGGUGUGUAUGGCGGAAACAGCUACAACCAUUCUGGAGGUAAUAAUUAUGGCUACUCGGACGGAAAUUACUGCUAUGCCAAUGCACAUUACGACCAUGCCAGUGGAAAUUACGACUAUGAGGAGGGAAGUUUCAACUGCAAUUAUGGAAGUCACAACUAUAACGGUGGGAACUAUGCGAGUGGUACGUACAUCAGCGGAAGCUACAACUACGAAGCAAAUAAUAACGCACCUUUUAGAGCCAAGAAAAAUUACUUGACUGGAAAUAGCAACCAAGAAAAAGGUGCAGGAAAUAAAAGCUUCUUUCAAAACAUGCCGUCCGAAUCUUAUAUGCAGAGUUUCAAGGGUGGGAUGCUCCCCCAUUACGAGCCCCAGAAUUUACACAACGUAGUGGACGCGUGCCCCACACGAAAGAGAAAUAAGAGACGUAAUAUGAACAAUAGAAAAAAGGGUUACAAGUUUGCCAAGGAUGAAAAAAUUAGGGGCCUGCUGCGCACAGCAACGAAUGAAGACGAUUUGGUGAAGGCCAUCGGCUUUGCUAAAAGCGCAGGCCUCCAUUUUGAGGCCAAAUUGGGAAGCAAAAAGCUUAACAAGCUCAAGUUAGAGGGGGAAGACGGGGCUUCUUUGGAGGUUUGA